AUAAUAAGGCAUGGUCAGGCGAUGUAAACAUGUUUUCGCCUUUAAUUAUUACAAAACCUUGUGUAAUUAGGCAGUUAUUUAUUGUUGAAGUUAAACACAUUCGUUUCAGGUCUUCAUCUGAGGAAAGCAUUAGUGCAAAAAAUGCGCGCAAAUUACGCAUACAUAAGCUUGCCGAAGUAUUAGAAUGCACAGAUCUUACGGCUGGGGAGAUAGUUGCAAGAAACAGAAAUAUUUUGCAGUUAAAAUCAGAACACUUUAUUCGCAAUGCUAAAUUUUGUAGUGAACACUUAAAGCUUAGUGAUUUAGUUGAAUUUCCUAUUAUUCUUUCUUUGAACUCCAGUCUAUUACAACAUCGGUACUUUUCACUUAAGGAAUUAGGUUGCUCUAAUGUUACUGCUAGUAAUAUUUUAAAAUUUCCUCAAUUUGUUAAGAAAACACCUGGUACCUUGCAGAAAGAAGGCAUUUCUUUUUCAUUUGAUAGUCAGCCUCAUCACAUCAUGCCUUAUUUGCUUGGAUCUGGAAAUAAUAGGGAAAUAAUAUCACGCUUACAAGAGAUGUACAGAGAUGGCAGUAGUUUGAAGAAGAUCAAAACAGCAAUGAAUGCUGUAUUUUUAUCUAAUAAACUUGAUUGUUCCUUGUAUAAAGCUAAUCGACUACUUAGUAGGUAUCCUCCAUUACAAGUACAAAGUAUUUUAAAUACUGACCAACUUUUAAAUUUACUUCUUGAGAAAUUUGGAUUUUCUAUUUCACAGGUUACUCAAGCACCUAAUUUACUUUCUUUACAUCAUGAAUCUGUAGAUUACUUUCUUUCUGAAAUGCCUGAAAUUUUAGGUGUGAAUACUCUGGAUGUGGCAAAAAGAGUGCCGAUCCUUUUGAGACGACCGGUUGAUUCUGUUCAAAAACUGGAAAGUGUUUUGCAAGAUUUCCAAAUUACAGAUAAGCAGAUUUUGUCUUGUCCGAAAGUUUUCAUUUUCACCCCUAAUACUGUUCAACAGCGUUUAGAAACUUUAUGUAAUUCAAAAGACUUUUCCAUUCUGAAACCAUACAGAAAAUUUUUAUGGUUAGUUUAUUACUAUAACAAUUUGAAUCUCAGGUUACAAGCAAUGAAAACUUUUGAUGUGCCAUGCUGUAUAACUAUGUUUACUCUUUCUAAGUCCAGUUUUGAUAGGUAUCUUUGUGAAGGAAGGUACAAAACAAACAUAAAUGAUGUAUCUUUGUACCUUGCUGAAGUACUGGGCUGCACUGAAAAAGACAUUCAAGAUAAUCUGUGCUUAUACCCUCACCGUGAAAAUUCAUCAUUAGCAAAUUGUUCCAAAGUGGUCGACUUUCUUCUAGAUCGUGGUAUAACAAAGAAGCAAUUGUUGAAUGGAUUAGGAGUAAUUUUUUAUGAUGUGGAAACUGUCAAAGCUUAUUUUAAAGAUUUAGAAAAUCACCCAGCAUAUCAACCUUUUCCAGAGUGGCUUGCUCAUUUUAAUUUAGUUCAAUUACUCAUAUAUUCUAUGGAAGUAGAUGCUGGCUUUAGUGGCAGUAUAAUGAAAACUGCUUUAGAUGAGCCUGAACAAUUAGCUUCAUCUGGUUAACUGUUAUAUGAAGAAAUGAUGUUUUUUUCUGUUAUAUGAAGAAAAUAUUCAUUAGUGAAACUGUGAUCUCUAGUGGCAUUCAAUACAUUUUAUUAGUUUAGAUUAGCAGAAUAAGACCCCUAUCACACAUGCAUUUGUUUCAUACGAUUAACUGUUUUGGCCAAUUUUUCUGCCUGGUUUACUAUUGAAAGAAAGACAUGCGGUUUUUUUUGUUCCUUUAAAAAAAAAAUUGCAAGUUGUUCAUUUUCAACCAAUCAGCUAUCAACACCUUUGUAAUGGAGAACCAGUUUCCCCUUUACAUGUUAACCCCAAAGUGAUCUGUGGUGAUUGGCUGUUGUGGCAAAGCAGAAAAAUUGUUCCAAACAGUUGCUCUUCUAAAACAAAUGGAUGAGUAAUAGCAGCCUAAGUGAUAUUAGCCAUAAAUAUUUUUAAAGUGCAAAUUAUUGUCAUAAUUGAAAAUAGUGAAAGUCUUUGUACAGUCAAAAUCGUUAAUCCGGACUUGUCGCGACUUCCGGAUACGAUUCCGGAUUAUAGAUCAUCAGUUUAAAUCUCGUAAGAUGGCAAGCAGAAAUUCUAAAAUUAAAAAUAUGAAACUGUAAUUUAU